UUCAGGGCGAGGACGAUCGGGCGGGGUGGGCGUGUCCCUCACCGGCCCCGCCCCCCCCUCUCCCCCGUCAGCCAUGUCGGCGGCCACCAUCGUGCACGACCCGUCAGAGGCGGCGCCGCUGUGCCCGGCGCUCGGCCUCUACCUGAAGCCGAUCACGAAGCUGGCAAUCAGCGUGGCGCUGCCCGCGCGCCGUCUGCCGGGGAAGUCGAUCUCCAACUGGGAGGUGAUGGAGCAGCUCAAGGCCAUGGUGCCGCACGCGCAGUUCUCGUCGCUGCGCAUCGCCGAGAGCACGCUGGACUUCAUCCGCUUCGAGGGCGAGGUGGAGCAGCGGGCGCUGGUGCGGCCGUUCCUGGCGCAGCUGGACGGCCGAGGCCUCAAGCUCGCGGGGUUCCCGGACCCGCUCCGCGUCCGCGCCGCCAAGUUCCGCCCCGACGCCCCCUCCCGCCACGACUGGGACGCCUUCUUCCGCGACGCCGCCGACAUGAACGAGACCCGGCCCGGCGAGAGGCCCGACACCAUCCACCUCGAGGGGCUGCCCUGCCGAUGGUUCGCCGCUCCGUUUUCCGUGUCCGCCGGGACGGAGCGCCCGAGCGAGGCGGUGCUGCGCCAGGCGUUCUCGGCGUUCGGGGAGAUCCGGCAGGUGGACAUCCCGAUGCUGGACCCGUACCGCGAGGAGAUGGCGGCGGUCGGCGGGGUCGGCGGAGGCCUCCGCGUGGGCGGCGGCCUCGGAGGCGGCGGCCGCGGCGGGUUCCACACGUUCGGCUGGGGCGGCGGGCUUCACUUCGAGGCCUACGUGCAGUACCGCGAGUACGCGGGGUUCGUGCGCACCAUGGCGGCGCUGCGGGGCGUGAAGCUCAUGUACAAGGGCGAGGACGGCAAGGCGGUGGCGUGCGGCAUCAAGGUCUCGUUCGACGCCACCAAGCACCUGAGCGAGGCCUCGAUCCGGCGGCGGCAGCUGGAGCGGCAGAAGCUGCGGGAGCUGGAGCUGCAACGCGAGGAGCAGAAGCGGCGGGAGCGCGAGGCGGAAGAGCGGCGGCGGGAGGAGGAGCAGAAGCAGAAGCAGCUGGAGCAGCAGCAGCGGCGCCGCCGGGAGGAGAAGCUGCGCCGCCGGGAGCAGCGGGCGCGGGAGCGGGACAGCCACAGCCGCCGCCGGGCGGAGAAGCAACAGGCUGAGGAGCAGCGGCGCCUGCAGGAGAAGAUCCGCACGGAGGAGCGGAAGCUGCUGCUCGCCCAGCGCAACCUGCAGUCGAUCCGGCUGGUGGCCGAGCUGCUGGGCCGCGUGGAGGCCGCGAAGCUGCAGCAGCGCCGCCAGCACCGCGCGCGCCAGGAGGAGCAGGAGCGGCGCCGCCUGCAGGAGGCCGAGCUGUGCCGCGUGGAGGAGAAGGCGCGGGCGCUGGGGCUGCAGCGGCGGGAGCGCGAGCUGAGGCGGCGCCUGCUCUCCCUGCUGCUCGGACAGCGCCCGGCCGCCGGCGACUCGAACCCGGGACCCGGCGCCAACGACGCCGCCUCCUCGAAUCCAGAACCCGGCGCCAACGACGCCCUCCUGCGGCCCGUGCUCGACAUCCUGCACCGCGUGACCCACGCGCGGGCGCCCCCACCGCCCCCGACACCGCCGUUGCCGCCGCAGGACUCGAACCCCGAACCUGCAACGGCGGCGGCGGCGCAGGACUCGAACCCCGAACCCAAGAUGGCGCCCGAGAACGCGACGCCUAAGCCAGGCGCGGACGCCGCGUCGACCCCGACCCGCGACCGCGGCGGCGGCGAGCGCGACAAGGGCGACCACCGGGGGCCCGAGUGCGAGGAGUCGCGCGGCGGCCAUCGCCGUCGUCGCAGUCUCCGCCGCCGGAGCAGCCACAGCCACGGGCACCACGGGCACGGCCGCCGUUCUCGGUCCCGGUCGCGGUCACCGCGGAGGCGCGGGGCGUGGACCCGGUGAGGACGGCCGGAUGGACGGACGGCCCCGGGGCAUGCUGGGAACCGGGUCCGAGUGCGAGGUUUUUUUUUUUUUUUUUUUUUGUUUCCGCCCCGGGUGCGGAUUCGAAUCCCUGGGAAGAUGGCCGCCCCCAUUCCCCCCCCACCAGGUCGUUUGAGAUUUU